CCACCCGGCACUCGCUCCCCUCCGUCCCAAAACCCCCGACCCUGCCCUGCCAGCAUCCCACCUCGAACCCCGCGCCCUCGGUAACCACCGCAGAGGCAGGCAGGCAACAAGGCUCGACGCCAGCGAGGCAGGCCCAGCCACCACCAUGGGAGAGGAGAAGAAGGCCGCCGCCAAGGACGGCGACAAGAAGAAGGAGAAGGACGCCGGGGCGGCCGCGCCGGCGGGGCCGCAGCCCAUCGUGCUCAAGGUCGACUUGCAUUGCGCCGGGUGCGCGGACAAGGUCCGCAAGGCCAUCAAGCGCGCCCCAGGGGUGGAGUCCGUGACGGCGGACAUGGCGGCGGGCAAGGUGGUGGUCACCGGUCCCGCGGACGCGACGGAGCUCAAGGAGCGCAUCGAGGCCAGGGCCAAGAAGCCCGUGCAGAUCGUCUCCGCCGGCACCGGCCCGCCCAAGAAGGACAAGGAGAAGAAGGCGGACGGCGGCGGCGAGAAGAAGCCGGACAAGGAGAAGGCUGCCGGCGGCGGAGACAAGAAGGGCGACAAGGAGAAGGGCGGCGGCGGCGAGAAGAAGGCCGACAAAGACAAGGGUGGCGACAAGCCAAAGGAGGAGAAGAAGGCCAAGGAACCCAAGGAGGAGACGGUGACGCUCAAGAUCCGGCUCCACUGCGACGGCUGCAUCGACCGCAUCAAGCGCCGCAUCUACAAGAUCAAAGGUGUGAAGGACGUGGCGAUCGACGCCGGCAAGGACCUGGUGAAGGUGACCGGCACCAUGGACGCCGCCGCGCUGCCGGGCUACCUCCGGGACAAGCUCAGCCGGGCCGUGGACGUCGUCGCGCCGGGCAAGAAGGACGGCGGCGGCGGCGACAAGAAGGACAAGGGCGACAAGAAGGACGGCGGCGAGGAGAAGAAGGACAAGUCCGCCGCCUCCGCGGCGGUGGCGCCGAUGCCCAUGGCCGAGGCCGGCAUGUACCAGAUGCCGCCGCACUACGGGUACGCGCCGUACCCCCCGGCACCCGGCGGCUACUACGGCGGCGCCCCGGCACCCCACCCCGCCGGCGGCUUCUACCACCCCAGCGCCGGCGGCCAGUACCCGCCCCCGCCCACGCCCGCCUACCCGUACGGCGCCUCCCACCUCCACGCGCCCCAGAUGUUCAGCGACGAGAACCCGAACGCCUGCUCCGUCAUGUGAGCGGUGAACCCCGCCGGCCGUCGGCGACGCGCCGCGUCGAACUCCGCUGUGUCAUACCAGAAGCAAAGCUAUGGCUUGGGUCUUUUAGCAGCUUAGUUAAUCAUCAGCGGUUAGCUAGUAGUUUAAUCGUCGCCCCCCAGUGAGAGUUCCCGUACUACCAGCAGUGUUCUAGCAGCAGGCCUGUAAAUGACAGCAGCAGCGACGUACUCUCGCCAUGGUGUGUAAUGCAGCGUCAUGUAUAAUCCACCCGCCGCCGAUGGAAAUUUUGCCCUUCUGCCACCGCUAAUCGCCGUUACCGCGUC